CGACGGCGCCGUGACGUCGCCUCGAGGGGGGCGGAAGCGGAAGCUCGGCGGCGGCGGCCGGGAAGCUGAGGGAGCGGCGGCGGUUUUUCGUCAGGCUCGGCGGCCCCCUCAGAGCGCGGUUGCGAGGGCGGCCCCGACACGGAGGCCCGCCGCGGCUCAGGCCUCGGGAGCGGCAGCGAACCUGAGAAAGAGCUAACAGCAUCCUGCAAAGUGGCUUAUUCCUGGCUGGAGCCCAGAAGAUAAAAAAUAGUGGCGGAAGCAGCCUGUAGAGAAAUAAAUUGUCAGUGCAAAUGGACAAAAAUGCAUUAUUCUUCAGAGUCCAGAGGCCACCCUUUGAUGUGAUGUCCUGUCUCCAGGCCUUUGGUUGACCUGCUGCCUCCUGGCUACUUCUCCAGCGGCACUGGCAGUGCCUACCUCUGAAGAUCCCAAGUGUUCCAGUCUUCCUCCGUUGUUGCGUUGGAUUUAUUUGGCUGAACAUCCCAAGGGAGAUCCAUGUAUACCCCGAGUGGUUCAGUGCUGCCCAGUGGCCGAAGGCGAAGAGGGCAAGAUGGGAGUGCCUUGCCCAAGCAGCCCGAAAGGAGCUUGGCUUCUGCCUUGCCUGGGGCCCUCUCCAUAACUGCCCUGUGUACUGCCUUAGCAGAGCCCGCCUGGCUACGGAUUCACGGGGGCACUUGUUCUCGCCAGGAGCUGGGGGUUGCUGAUGUGCUGGGAUACAUUGAUCCGGAUCUACUUAAAGACUACUGCAUGAACCCUCAGACGGUGUUGUUGCUUCGGGUCAUUGCUGCCUUCUGCUUCUUGGGGAUCAUUUGUAGCCUUUCGGCUUUCCUUCUCGACGUCUUUGGGCCCAAGCAUGCUGCACUGAAGAUUACGCGCCGUUAUGCAUUUGCUCACAUCCUCACAGUGCUGCAGUGCGCCACGGUGAUCGGGUUUUGCUACUGGGCAUCGGAGCUGAUUCUCGCCCAGCAACAGCAGCACAAGAAGUACCACGGCUCGCAGGUCUACGUUACGUUUGCCGUCAGUUUUUACCUGGUGGCCGGAGCCGGCGGGGCAUCCAUCCUGGCCACGGCUGCCAACCUCCUGCGCCACUACCCCACGGAAGAAGAGGAGCAGGCCUUGGAGCUCCUGUCCGAGAUGGAGGAGAAUGAACCUUACCCCGCAGAGUACGAAGGCAUCAACCAGUUCCAGCCACCGCCGGCUUACACUCCGUAACGCUUCCCCGGACGAUGGCUGGGGCAAGUGGAGUGGGGGGGAAGCUUCUUCCAGCCCAAGCCUGCACACAAUUGCUUUGGGAACACGUUCCCUUCUCUUGUAGGUGUUUCUCCCUUCCUUCCUCUCUGUGGAUCUGCUCCCUUUCACCGUUUCCUGUCUGGAGAGAGGACAGGGGCCCGAGCCGAAGACUUGCUCAUGCCGUGACCUCCGAAGCAGUCGUAUUCUGAAGCAAUGGGGUGACCAUUGGGGCGGGGUUUGAACCUCAGGCAUUUUGGGGGUGGGUGGGCACUGGACAUUUUCCCGCUGCCAAGAGCGGCAGAGCUUGGGGGGCUCCAGAGAGAGAGAGAGGUCUGAAGAGAGCUGCUUCAAGGGAAGGAAGCGAAAAGGAAAGCAUGUAGACUGCUUGAUUGGACGGGGAAAGGGUGGGCGGGUGGGCGGAGGGAAGGGCGCCACCAUUUUUGGCAUUGCGCUAAGACAUUUCUCACUGGCGGGCAGCGGAGGAUUCAGCCGUCCUGUCCCGCCACCCGCAGAACUCCUCUCCUUUUGGGGAGGGGGGGGGAAUGAAGAGCGGAAGGAGACACUCUCUGACGUUCACCCCUCGGGCCAACGGGCUUGGCCUUCAGCACUCCGAAAGAUACGGGACUCCUCCUCUAUGCACUGGUUUGUGGAGAGGCGACGCCGUUCGGUCGACCCUCCGUGCUUCCUGAAAAGCAGGGUUAACGUUUCCUCCCACCUUUCGUUUCCUCCACUCACGCCUUCCGCGACUUCGCGGAAGCGUUUUUUUGCACUUUGCUCUUUCUUCUCGCGGCCCCCUCUUUCCCUGACGGGGUUGCCGGGCGGAGGGUUGGGGGGAAGGGCCCACGAAAUGUGGCGCACUCCAAGAGGAUAUCACGACUACUGACGUUUUCUCCCUGGGAGAGGGGGGGGCACCUCUUGUCUCUGGCAAGGGUGGGGGGGCUGUCCUUCCACCUGGCUUUCCUGCUCUGCACAAUUGCCAGGCCUUCAGCCCCUUUGCGCAAGGCAACAUAUCAGAACCAUUUUCUUCCCUCUCUCACGAUGACCACCAACAUCACCAAUGCAACCAAUGAUAUGCAAAUAUUAAUUCCAAGCUCGAUUUCCACUGUUAACCUUUUCGGUAUGUCUUUCGUUUCCCUCCCCCCGCCAACCGAUUCCACCUUCGUAAUCUCAAAACCGAUCUUUCCUUCCCGCCACUGGGGUUUCAUCGGUCCUCCCGUUAGCUGCAGGUAGUAACCGAAAGAGCAUUUCCCAGCUGGCUUUCUUGUACAAAGAGAAUGAUAGUUAACCUUUUCCUUGGUUUCCCCCCCCCCCCCCGCUCUCUCUGCGUGGAGGUAAACCCGCUUCGAAUAAGCCAGCAAAUGGUUUUGUUUUGUUUUUUUAAUUCACUAAAAAUGUGCUUUUACUGACCGUUGGAGGGAGCUGACACAAAACGGAGCGAGUGAAUGAGUGAGCAGCCUCUGUGUGUGCGCGUGUGUAUAUUAAAAGAAGAUUGAGACUGUAAAACAGAGUAAAACCAGCUUGACUUGAUGGGAGUUGGUUCCUGUUCAACGAGAUGAAAAGAUAACGCAGCAGGAAAGCUGCCUGAGAGGCCGAAGGGUGUUUGUGCCACGAUCUUGAUGGUGAAGGGAGUGAUUUGGUCUAUCAAAGUUAAGAGAGGAUUUUAUUCAGUGCUGGGUGGGAUUCAAGUCAUUUUAACAACCGGUUCUCUGCCCUAAUGAUUUCUUCCAACAACCAGUUUGACAGACUGCUCAGAAAGUUAACAACCAGUUCUCCCGAAUUGGUGCGAACUGGUUGAAUCCCACCACCGAUUUUAAUCCUUCUCUUAUAUGUGCCAGUUCAUGCAGAGCGCAUGAGAGCCUCCGUAGCCUGAAGCAUGUUAGCAUGCCACCGGUAUAAAUACAGGGUUGGAAGUUGCGGGAAGGAGACCCUUUCCCUGUCCUUUUAAUCGCAUGGGAGAAAAAUUGGGAUGGAGUUUUUAAGAGACUCUAAAGGCCUCAUCUUUUAAAAACCGAGACGGACAAAGUUGGGGAAUGUAGAAGAAAUCUGAUCAUUUUUUAUGUUUUUUUUUAAAAAGGCAGUUCAGUUGGGUGUCCCAAUCUCACUUCUGUGCUUUCCACGCGCUCACAAAACAAGCCGGUAGCGAUGCCAGCGAGAGCUUCCUGCUAAAUUUGGCUUUAAAUGUUGUGCACCCUUUGACUAUUUCCACCUGGUCUCUUGUAUUUGACAGCAUUUGGUGGUGCAGGGGUUAGAAGGCAUUAUUGCAGGCUGACACUCUGCGUUCCCACUGCCAGGAGUUUGAUCCUGACCGGCUCAAGGUUGACUCAGCCUUCCAUCCUUCCGAGGUGGGUCAAAUGAGGACCCAGAUUGUUUGGGGCAAAAGGCUGACUCUGUAAACCGCUCAGGGACGGCUGGAAAGCACUGUGAAGCGGUAUAUAUGUCUAAGUGCUAUUGCUACCUACCUACCUUCCUUCCUUCUUCCCUCCCUCCCUCCC